AUGCCUCGAUCUAUGUUUGGCUGGAAAAAUGGCCUGCCAACUAUUCGCAGGCCCCGCUCCAAAGCGCUGGUCGUUUUAUGCAUCUUGUUAGCUCUGAUAACCAUCAAUGUCGGCAUGUCUGUGACGAUUGGUACUACUGAAUUGCCCGAAAUCGACUUGGUCAAGGCCCGAGACUACUACAAGGGAAUGGUGGAUCGUAUUAAGGACACGCUAUCGUCUGUUAACUCUGGCGUUGCUACUGAAGAGACUUUACGAGAAAAAUGGCUUGAUAAGCUCAACCCCAAGGCAGAUCCCGAGCGGUUUUGGCAGUUUGACCUGGAUCUUGGUCUCCACAAGUCUAUAACACUAGACCCUGCUUCCUUGAGAGAGAUUUACAAAAAGGGCUUUUCCUAUGACCCACGAGUGACGUACUCUGUUUAUCUCAACCGGAUCAACUCCAAUCCAGGCUCUCCAAUAAGCUUCUCAUGGGGUGAUUGGGUGGAUAUGACCCCCCUCAAUCCGUAUGUGGCGAUGCCAGAGGGAAGCAGGCCGAGCUGUGCAGAGAUUUCCGAUAAUGGUGUCGAGUGGAUGAAGAAGGUCGAGGAUGCGGCUCAGACUGAGAACGGAGCUCUGACCAAGCGUGAUGCGGAUGCAGAUGCAGAUGCAUCUUUUCUGAAUCGUUCGCCCAGGCAGCUACAGGCAAAUUCCGAUACCUCUGGCAGCAAAAAGGCCGCCCGCAAGAAGAAACUUCGCUCGCAGCUUCCGGUUUCCAAGAAACAGAAGUUCUGCUACGAUGAUAGUGAGUAUCGCGACAAGUAUCCAGAACGGGCACAUCGCAAGCUUCCGGGAUUUAACUUCCACCACAGAUCCAAUAAGGCCACAUUCUUGGAAAAGGUUCUGUAUGCAAAAUCAUACAUGAACGCGGUUGCACCCGUUCCGAAGACAAUCAUCUUCACCUCCGGCGAAGGGCUGUUCGAAGUCGAAGUCGAUCAGCAAGCUGAACAGGCAGACAUGGCUGAGUCUGGAUUACUUGAAGAUUAUGUUGCAAAGCAUACGCUUCCCAGCGGUUUCGUUGACUUCGAUCCAAGUCUCGAGUUUGCCGAGAUGUCCAAAAUCGUCCAACCUUUAACACCCUUGCGCAACCUUCAUUCAACGACCGAGAUUCCAUUGCCUGAAUCUCUAUUUAAGUUCAACCCGAACGAAAUGGUGGCGGAGUAUGCUGAAUUUGCCAAAACAGGCAUGGAACUUAGUUCGAGGGAGCAGACCUAUUACGAGUCUCUCCAGUACUCGCUCUCUCUGACUCCAAAAGAAAUCCCCAAGUACUUCUCUGAGGUAAACAUUCAUUGGCCAGCAACUUACAGGGGCCAUCGGGUCUCCGAGAAUGGUGGCCACUACGACUGGCGAUUUUUCAACGGAUUCAUCUCCGAAGGCUCGCUUGACAAGCAGUACGACGGCAACAACGAGGACCGCCGGCGUAUGAUUUUACACCGGAUGCUCAAGUCAUGGCUCGCAUUCACUCAUGAGGCGGGUGUUGUUUCGUGGAUUGCACACGGUACUUUACUUGCAUGGUAUUGGGAUGGCUUUUCAUUCCCCUGGGAUGAUGAUAUCGACGUUUCGAUGCCGAUAGAGGAGCUGAACACUUUCUCUCUUCGGUUCAACCAGAGCGUGGUGGUAGCUGAUCUCGAUCUUGGAUUCGGAAAAUACUUUAUAGAUUGUGGCACUUUCAUUACCCACAGAAUCAAAGGAAAUGGUCGGAACAACAUUGAUGCUCGUUUCAUUGAUAUUGACUCUGGGCUUUUCAUCGACAUAACCGGACUUGCGUUGACGUCUACGCCGAUUUCAGCUCGCUACUUCAAGAGACCAGAGUUGCACCUCGAUGUCCAAAAGGAGGGGCAAGAGGAUUUGCAGUACACGCAAAAUGAGAAAGUCCAGGCCUAUAACUGCCGCAACAAUCACUUUUACUUGCACGAAGAGUUAUCUCCUUUACGGUUAUCUAUGGCAGAUGGGUCUCUAGCAUUGAUACCAAACAACUACCAGUCCAUUCUCAAGGCCGAGUACAGCAGAGGGCUCGUUUCUGACAAGUUCAACAAGCACGUGUAUAUCCCCUUACUCCGUCUGUGGAUUCCAUUACAAACGCUGACAACAAUGAAGCAAAACGGUGCGUUCAAAGAAUAUGAAAAGACUCUUCCGAAAGCGAAUCAGCACGGAGUCAAGUCACAGCCUCUGAUUCAUCUCCUGCGUGACCGCUCUUCAGUGGCAUUCACCGAGGUUCUCCUCGGAAACGAUGACAUUUUACGAGAAUACUACCUCACACAUAUAGCAACUGAGCUACACGAUCGCGAGAUGAAGCUGCUCAAGGAUGGUGGCCAAGAGUUGACGGAGUUUGCAAAAGGACUUAAGUCAUUAGCCCCAUUCAGGAAGGACCCGUUCGUUUUUAGACAGGAGGUUCUGGCUCUAAAACAACAGAGAGACGCGUCAGUAUAA